CUUCAAUCCGUAAACCUCAAAAACAAUGUCAUUUAAGUUCGGUUAGAAGAAUUUAUUUGGAAAGUUUCCUGGACGUGAAGUACCAGCCCCUGCGAGUGUAAUAUGUUUAUGGCACGCAGUUUUUUCUGAGAAUGUUGGCUGGGAAUGUCAAUCAUCGCCAUUGUAUUUGUUGACAUCAUAAUUUUAUCUUAAUCGACGGGUGAGUCAUGGAGCCUAACACCAUCGAAGUGUUUACUUACGUACACAACUGAUCCAAUAAGCGAAAACGAAGACAUUCCAGACUCGAAUUGAAUUUUGAUAGCGGACGACGUGUAGAGUUUAUUGUGCGGUAAAUCAUCAUUUCUUCGAGAAAAAUUGAAAAAGCGUUUGGUCAUUUCUUGAUAGUAAAGUUAGCGAGAAAGCCUUAUUUCUAAUUAGCUUGCACCUGUCGAUGAAUUUACUUUACCCUACAACGUACGCCUUUUGUAUCACAUUCUUCCUAAUCUUUUCACGCGGAACAAUGUCAAGCUCAUUUGGUUCAGAAAUUACGAAUCCAUCUUCGGGAUUCGCUUUUGAUCUCUAUCAGCACGUUAUCAAAGGCAAAGAGCAGCAGAACGUGGUUUUAUCGCCGCUUUCCAUUUACACCGCCCUGGGACUGGCCUACAUGGGCGCUGGUGGGAGAACUAAGGAAGAGAUGGCUUCGGUUUUAAGGAUUUCUACUAAUGCCACUGAAUCCAAGGAAAGUUUCCGUCGUCUUCUUUGCAAGUACAAAGCCAGUUCAAUGCUAUCGAUAGCGAACAAAGUCUAUGUACAAUCAGGAAAGAAUUUGCAACCCUCAUUCGUGGAAGCUUCAGAAAAAGUGUUCAGCUCGGAAGCAGACGUCAUUAAUUUCUCACAGAGCGACGUCGCUGCUAAAACUAUCAAUAGCUGGGUAGAAUCGAAGACGAACAACAAGAUCCAGAAUCUAAUUGAUCCCAGCAACUUAGAUUCGAAUACAAUGAUGGUUUUGGUGAACGCUAUAUAUUUUAAGGGAUUCUGGAAGAAUCAGUUUAGGAAAGAACUGACCAAGAAAGCUGAUUUCUGGACGAGUGAAACUGAAUCGGUCAAAGUUGACAUGAUGUCUAAUAACAAGGCCCACUACCCUUAUGGUGUUUUCGAGGACUUAGACGCUGCCGCUGUAGAACUUCCAUUUCGCGAUGAGGAUCUUGCAAUGCUAAUUAUUCUACCCAACUCGAAGACUGGUCUACCUUCUUUAGAAGCGAAACUGCGUUCCAUGGAUUUGUUUAAACUGAGACAGCGAAUGCAUAGUGAAGAAGUUAUUGUCAGUAUGCCAAAGUUCAAGAUAGAAUUCAGUAUUGAGUUAAACGAUGUUCUAUCAGAGAUGGGUAUGAGCUCAAUGUUUUCGGACAAUGCAGAUUUUUCAGGAUUACUCAAUUCUGCCGAACCACUUAAGGUUUCUAAGGUCAUACACAAAGCCUUCAUCGACGUCAACGAGGAGGGGGCAGAAGCAGCAGCAGCUACAGCAGGGCAUGUAAUUCGCAAACGUUGCAUUCAGUUCACGCGAGAGUUUAUUGCCGAUCAUGCAUUUAUUAUUGCACUUAUCGCAACAAGCAACGAAGAUCCUUCUGUGGCUUUCCUUGGAUGUUUAAAAUCUUAUCAGCCCAAUAAGCUUCACGAUGAACUUUAAGAAAAUAAUUGCAUAGAUAACACAUGUAGCAGGUCCACAUACUAAGCAGUUAGUAACCGUCAGUGAAUUUAUAUGAAAUAUUGAAAGUUUCGUUACCGAAACAGUAUGUUAAUAUUAAUAGUUUUUGAAAACGGAAGGAAUGCAUUGGGAAGUUUGGAAUGUUUGAUGUAGAUCCAAAUCGCACAGUUAUCUUGUGUUAGAUUAUAAUGUAUUUCGUUCGAAAACGUAAAAUGAUUAUCAACGCAAACUAGUUCUUUCGAUAUUUAUAUAAGUUUUCAAAUGUUGUGUUUGUGGUGAACUGGCAAAUUUAUAAGAUUUUUUCGUAUCGUAAAACAUCCACUUUCUUCCAAACAAUAGACGUUGAAAAUGUGAAUCAAGACGAAAAAUUAGUCAAAUGCAUAAAAUUUUUGCAAUUUUUAUCUGAAAGUAAUCUCAACUGUUAUCUUUGCCUCGCUACGUUGAACCAUUGUACAUUUUUCGAGCAGUCUUAUGAUUAAAUGUAAUGCAUUUUGUGUCGCUUAUCCUAACUUAAUUAUUUAUAAGAUUCAAUGGGGGUUUCACCUUCCAAACAUUCAUUUAAACCAUUCUCUAGCACAUACACUCUGACUUUAUU